CGCCACCUAGAUAUCACAAGGCCUGCGCACUCUGCUUUAUGGCGUCAUGCUAACAGAGCCGAAAUUUCCAUCGCCAAGCCCGGCGUGACACAAGCAGUGACGUCAAAAAUCACCGCGGCUUACUCGGCAGCAUUCACAUUAGCUUCUAUGACAGCCGGCCCUAUAGUAGCGCGACGUCGUAAAGGAGAGCAUAGAGGCCCAGUGCUAUCCACGUGCCUUUGACAAGGCCCAGUGUUUGUGACGUAUAGGUCGGGAACGUGCCGCAAAGUGUUGCCCUCUUUUUAAAUGCAUGGAGCGAGGAGAACGAGCCGGAAUAAAGGUGCAGAGAUAACGAAGGUGGCAGGCUUCCGCGCGUUUCACGAAGGGGGCAAGGUUAUUGCUCAUGCUCGCCCCGGCCCGUUGCCCUUUAUUGACGUUCCGAUAACGCCCUCGACAUCUGCCAGGGGCUCCACGUAACGGCCGUCGCAUUGUGCCAAAGCCGCGAGCCACACCGCGAGCAAUUGGACGCUUCUUAUAACCUGGGCAGUUGACGGAAAUGCAGGCCUCGAAGAUGAUUCGUUACUGCUAUUUUCGUAGAGCGCGAAGGUCCGCCUAAAACACGGAUACUAUACUACAUCGAAGAAGGCAUUCGCAAGUUUUUCUGGCCGGUAGAGUCAUGGAUCACCGGCCUGUGGUCAACAGCUGGAGGCAUCUGCCUCGCUUUCUUCUUGGAUGCGGCUAGAGCUGAGAGCACCGACUGGGAAGACUCCAUGAGGCGGCGGUUCGAGCCGAGCUACGACGACAAGUGGAAGCGACUGCGGUCGCGCACUCACUUGACCACCGGCGCCAUCGUGGGGAUCGUCGUUGCGGUGGUCGCAGCGGUCGUCUCGGUCUUCCUCUGCUGCUGCUACCGACGAAGAAGGCGGCGCAUUCUGGCCACACAGCAGCACGUCGUGCAUCCGGCCAUGGCACCACCGACGUCAGGCGUGGCGCCCUACGCGUACCCCGGAACAUACCCUCCAGUUCCAGUCGCAAUGACUUCUCCGGUGGCUCCGUACCCUGCGCAGAACUACCAGCACCAGGCGGCGCAGCAUGCGCAAAUGGGAAUCCACGCUGGUCAUAACCUGGCGACUCUCUCGCAACAGCCAUCGACACUGCCAAUGCCUUCGCCUACUGCGCCACCCGAACCACCGCCGCCCUACAACUACAGGGCGAACUACCCUCACUGAGGCAUGACCUCAGAGAUUCGGCGGCGCGCGCCGUCCGAUCUCGGAGACAAUGACUCGUCAUUCGGCGGCCGCGAGUGUGAGAAAAAAAAAAAAAAAUCGGUCGAGCAUCGUGGCACAGGAACACCUCGCAACCGCGCGUCACUAAGUACGCCAAGCGUAAGAACAAAGACACUGUUUUAAACUGUCCUGUUUACACAUUCCAGCACAUUCAGUGCACACGUUCUUUCUGAUAGGACACAAGUAGUCCUAGUGAACGUAUUUGUGGACUUCGUUUUUUUUUUCUUUUUUUCUUUU